AUGUUACUGACUGCACACACGUUAAACUUGGGUGGAGACAGGAGCAGGACUGGUUCUGCAAAGGGUCGGGUGGUUUGGCGUAACUUGUUUUGUUCUCCUGCACCUCUGGUGGCUUGCAGUCUCCGUGACUGCAGGAGUGGGGAAGACACUGGAGAUGAACCGCCCCGCAGUGCCUGUGCUGGACUCCUGAGUGACACAAGCACUACACUUAGCAGCCCAACUCCUCUAGAACCCUUCAAUGGCAUGGUGCAUACAAACACAGAUACCCAGUUUGGAUGAACAGUUAAUUAUUCUUGUAAUGAAGGGUAUCAACUCAUUGGCUCCCCAUCUGCUACUUGUCUCCUCUCAGGCAAUCAGGUCACUUGGGAUAAGGAGGCACCUCUUUGUGAGAGUGUAUCUUUUGAACCACCCCCAGCCAUAUCCAAUGCAGACUACUACAGCAGCAAUAGAAAUGCUUCUCAAUAUGCAACAGUGGUCACUUACUGGUGUCUCACUGGGCCAAGUGGAGAAAAGCAGUUUGACCUCAUGGGAGAACAGUCAGUAUCCUGUUCCAGCAAAGACAAUCAACCUGGUGUUUGGAGCAGCCCUCCUCCUUAGUGUAUUUCUGCCAAUUAAUGCACAACUCCAGAAGUUGAAAAUUCAAUUAGACUACCCGGAAAUAGGAGUUUAUUUUCCUUAAGUGAGAUUGUGAGAUUUAGAUGUCGGUCUGGCUUUGUCAUGAAAGGGCCCCACACUCUGCAGUGGUGGGCCAACAACACGGGGCCUGAGCUGCCAAGCUGCUCCAGGGCAUGUCAGCCACCUCCAGAAAUCGCACAUGGUAAGCACACCCUAAGUAACAAGGACAGUGUUUCCCCUGGGCAGGAGGUGACCUACACCUGUGAGCCCGGCUAUGAUCUCAGAGGGGCUGCUUCUCUGCGCUGUACGUCCCAGGGAGACUGGAGCCCUGCCACCCCAACAUGUGCAGUGAAAUCAUGUGCUGCGUCCCUGGACCAACACCCUAAUGGUUGCAUGCUCUUUCCACUUAAUAUCCAGCUUGGGAAAAAAGUGUCCUUCAUUUGUGAUGAGGGGUUCUGAUUAAAAGGCAGCUCUGCUACUCACUGUGUCUUGGUUGGAAUGAAAAGCCUUUGGAGCAGCAGUGUUCACGUGUGUUCUAGAAUCCGUUGUCCAAAUCCUCUAGCUAUCCUUAAUGGAAACUCCACAGCAACUUCUCUGGGAGACAUUCCCUACGGAAAAGAAAUUACUUAAAUGUGACCACCAGUCAGAGGUAUGACGUCGAACCUCACUGGGGAAAGCACCAUCCACUGCACAAGUGACAGUCAAGGGAACGAGAUUUGGAGUGGCCCUGCCCAUCACUGUGAACUUCCCGGUCCUGCUGCAUGCCCACAUCCACCUAAGAUCCACAACAGGCAGCACAUUGGAGGCCAUGCAUCUCUGUAUCUUCCUGGGAUGACUGCCACCUACACUUGUGACCCAUGCUACCUGUUGGUGGGAAAGGCCUUCAUCUUCUGUACACACCAGGGAACCUGGAGCCAAUUUGAUCAUUAUUGCAAAGGUAUUUCUUAUUCUAGCUGGGUUUUCAUGGAAAAUUGAUGCAUGAGGCUAAGAAGGCUGAGAGAUCAUUUCUGAGAGGAUCAUGAAAUGAGUAUCAACAGAGGAGGAGA